AUGGCCAUCGCGAUGACCAGUCCGCCGGCGUCGCCCGUGGUGUCCACUGGAACCAAUCUGUCCGGGGAGGAUAGCAGCAACGCCAGCGCGCAGCCGAUGCACUACGAGCCGCCCGUGGAGAACCUGGUGACAGUAGCCUACCCUUCUUCCACUGCGGUCGUCGUCCACCAGCACGCUGCGCCGCCUCCUGCAUCAGGGCAAGCUCGCCCAGCCCACCAGCCGCCUGUGCCGCUGCCGGCCGCGCAGCAAGCUCAGCUCGUCCGGCAGCCUCCCGGUCCGCCGCGCGCCAGGCCCGCGCGCGCGCCGCAGCCAGCGCGGGAGUACAGCUGCAAGCUGUGCGGCAAGUCGUACUCGUCGCACCAGGGGCUAGGCGGCCACGCGGCGGGGCACAAGAACCGGCAGAAGGAAGCAGAAGCCGCGGCCGCGGCCGCCGCGGCCAUGAUGGGGCAGGAGGACGGCGGCGCGUUCCUCGCCGCCUUCCGCCGCGGCCGCAGGGCGCAGCCGCCGCACGAGUGCCGGAAGUGCCACAAGGUGUUCCCCACGGGGGUGGAGCUCGGCGGCCACAUGAGGAUGCACUACACCGGCCCGCCGAUCGUGCACAAGAAGAACAAGAAGUGGGGUCUCGUGAGCGAGGACGACCUGAGGCUCGCGUUGUCAACUGCAACGGAAGCGACACCGCCGCCACCUGCGCCGGCCGUGGACGGCAGGGUGCGUCUCUUUGGCAUUGACAUCGACCCGCAGGUACAAGCGCCGCCGCCGCCGCCGCCAGAGGACCAAAGAUCCGGCACGGCGGGAGGCUCGUCGUCGUCAGCCGGCGAACAGGAGUAG